CUAUUUCGUCAACCCUACAGAUGACGAAAGGGUGAAAGUUUAGCAAGCUUUGUUUGGCUGUAAAACACCGUGGAUUGUUACUGAAUUAUACAUUUUAAUUUGCCCACAGUUUCGUAGGACAUUUGAUCAUUAUAUAAAAGAAAAAUAGACACGUGUUUGGGGUAAAUUGAUUCGUACUAAAUUAAACAAGACAGUGAUAAUCGUGCGUGGGUUACACUGAGUCAUACAGUAAUUUUCUUUUUCGUUUUGGUGCACCAAUUUCGACAUCAUCAAAAAAGCCAGCCACGAUGGCGAAAGUGAUCACGCAGGAAACAUUCGAUGAUGUGGUGAAGGAAAAUAUUGUCGAAUUUUCGAUGUCCAUCGAGGAAGCUAGAGAGGAAACGAUAAAGCAAUUUGAGGCCCAAGGUAUCCAUCUGGGCAAUAUUAUCAAAGAUCUUAACGUUAAUCCCGACACGGGUGUGCCUUUGUUGAAUGAAAGUGUAGCAGAACUGAAAAGACUGUCCGAAAUGAAGGAUUCCGAUCCGCAAACGUUUUUUCAACAUCUCGCCGUGAUCACCGAUGAAUGCAAACUGAGCGUUCCCCAUCGUGUGCUAGCAGCCAAACUAGGUGCUUACGAGUUCAUAGUAAAACGACUGAACAGUGACGAUAAGUUGAAUGAUGAUGUUUUGCUCAAGCUACUCACUGCCGCCAACGCAAUUAUCAACAAGCAACCGGAUGUGUUCAGCCACGAAUCGUUGGCCGUUGCAUUGAAGACACUGAAAGCUUCCCCUGACGCGAAAGUUGCGUGUGAGGUGAUGAAGUGGCUACAAAAAGCGUGCAUACUUCAUGAAAUGAACCGCCAACUGAUCAUGGAAGAAAAUCAAACAAUUCCAACGCUUAAACCGUUCCUUUCCCGAACCGAACCAGACGUGAUCCGUAACACGUGCACACUUUUCCGUUUCUUGAUUCUGGAUGACGAUAUUCGGGUGGAGUUUGGCAAGGCACACGAACACGCCCGGCAGCUUGCUGGCGAAACACUCACGGAAAUAACGCAGUUACUUACCAAGUGCAAAUCUGACCCCGAGCUAAUCAGUGAUUUGAUGUUAACUAUCGCCUCCCUAACGGUGCGUAAUGAAUUCUGCCAAACGGUAGAGGAAGCCGAUGGUCUACAGUUCAUUCUUGAUGCAAUGGUUGAGUUUCCCGACUCAAUUAAAAUCAUUCGGGAAGCGUGCAAGUUGCUUAAAGCCCUCGCCGGAAAUGACACGGUAAAGCAGCACAUAAUCCAGUGCGGAGCGGCCCCAUUGCUAGAAUCCGCCCUUAACCGCCACAAAGAUAAUGAAACGUUUGCACGCCACGCGUUAGCAUGCAUCUCGACCCUGGCUUUGCGAGAGCCAAACAAUAGUAAGGCGCUGUUUGAGACAGGCAUUUCCGAGACUAUUAUUCAGACGAUGAAAAUCCAUCCGACGAGCAAGAUAGUUCAGCGCAAUGGAGCAUGGGCUGUGCGCAAUAUGGUGUCGAGGUCCCGCGAUCAGUGUGACACGUUCGUGGCACAGGGCAUCGAAGAUGUACUUAAUCAAGCACUGAUCGAUCAUCCCAGCAUCAUGCACGAUGUGAAAUCAGCCCUUAGGGAUCUGGGUUGUAAGGUGCAGCUGAACGAAGAGUGGAAAGCCACCUCGGAGAUUCAGAUCAAAAAUGACUAAAUUGGUCUGGUUGAAUUGCUUGAUCCAAUCGACAAUGCUUAUCAUUCAUUAUAUACGCCGUACUAUGUAACUGCGCAUUCUAAUCAUCCGCACCGCAUCGUUGAAGCUUUGUACUGCCACUGAAAAAGUAAUUUUUACUGAUGUACGACACUGAAUUGGGGACUAAAUUUUAUUUACCUACCUAAUUUAACCAUUCGAAUAAUAAUACAUUGCCUUUUUCGGUUUACUAAA